CUCUGUCAGACGCUAACCCAGCCACCCUGGGCGGGAGCGUGGUAUGAGCACAUUCAUAACCGAUUCUCCAAACACUGCGGAUUAAGUCCUCGAGGUGCAGAGACUCAAGAGAUAGCAGGGCGGUGGGUUGGUCCAAAACCCUGGCCUCACAUUCAUGCGGGGCCUCCACCUCCUGAGUCUCGGUGGCCCUCAAGGCAGCUGGCCAGACCCAGGCACCUGCCGCGGCGCUCUGAACCCAUCUUGGUCCACGCUGUGCUGCACGCUGAACUAAUUUUUGUGAGUUCCAUUAUUGCCUGCUGAGUGCAUAAUAAUGCUGCAUUAGGUAUAUAUUCAAAGCAUUACUUGUAAAGAGCAAAUAUUAAAUAAACGAGAAUUCUCACUGGAAUCUUGAAUUGUUUUAACAUGCCAGUAACCUCAAAACUGGAGGGGCCUGGCCUCUGUAACUCGGGUGGGUUCUGGACUGGUCACACCCUGCCCAAGUCUGCAGCCACCCAGCCCAUGGGGAGGGUGGGAGGAGCCCACGGUCCUGGGGGCACUGGGGCAGGCCGGAAGAGCCUCAGAGAGGAAGAGGUGACCCCCCCACACACACUUGGGAGGGGAGUGUGGGAGGGGCCCCCCAGCCGGUUGCUGAAGCUGCUGAGAAGGAGGAAGUGAGAGGAGGAGGUGAGGUGCAGCAGGGAGGUAAGCUGGCCUGGGGGGGCAGGGGCUGGGCCUGGGGACCAGCCUCUAUACAGAGGCCUGGAUUUUCUGCCAUUUCAAGGCUCACCCUCACCCUCCCACCUCCAUAAAAGAGGGGACAGAGGGGGCUUGGUGAGAUGCCCUGAAGUCUGUCCCCUCUGAACCCUGCAGCCAGGUCCCCGGGCUGGGGACCAGCUGGAUGGGAGCUCAGGCCCCAGGCUGGUCAGAAGCUGCCUCUCACACUGGCUCUCCCCACAUCUUGCAGCCUGUGGUAGCUUGGGUCUGGGGCACCAUGGCCCAGGCCCUGGGGGAGGACCUGGUACAACCUUUCGAGCUGCAGGAUGACUCAAGCUCUUUGGGGUCCGACUCAGAGCUGAGUGGGCCUGGCCCAUAUCGCCAGGCUGAUCGCUAUGGCUUCAUUGGGGGCAGCUCAGCAGAGCCAGGGCCAGGUCACCCUCCUGCAGACCUUAUCCGCCAGCGGGAGAUGAAGUGGGUGGAGAUGACCUCACACUGGGAGAAAACCAUGUCUCGGCGGUACAAGAAGGUCAAGAUGCAGUGCCGGAAAGGCAUCCCCUCAGCUCUCCGGGCCCGCUGCUGGCCCCUGUUGUGUGGAGCCCAUGUAUGUCAGAAGAACAGCCCUGGCACCUAUCAGGAACUGGCCGAGGCCCCUGGAGACCCACAGUGGAUGGAGACCAUCAGCAGGGACCUGCACCGCCAGUUCCCCCUACACGAAAUGUUUGUGUCACCUCAGGGUCACGGGCAGCAGGGGCUCCUGCAGGUCUUGAAGGCCUAUACGCUGCAUCGGCCGGAACAGGGCUACUGUCAGGCCCAGGGUCCCGUGGCUGCUGUGCUACUCAUGCAUCUGCCCCCAGAGGAGGCCUUCUGGUGCCUGGUACAGAUCUGCGAGGUCUACCUCCCCGGCUACUACGGGCCCCACAUGGAGGCCGUGCAGCUGGAUGCUGAGGUGUUCAUGGCCCUGCUUCGGCGGCUGCUCCCUCGCGUGCACAAGCAUCUGCAGCAGGUGGGCGUUGGGCCUCUGCUCUACCUGCCCGAAUGGUUCCUGUGCCUCUUCGCCCGCUCCCUGCCUUUCCCCAUCGUGCUGCGCGUCUGGGACGCCUUCCUCAGUGAGGGUGUGAAGGUCCUGUUCCGCGUGGGGCUGACGCUGGUGCGCCUGGCGCUGGGCACCACAGAACAACGCCUGGCCUGCCCAGGGCUCCUGGAGACCCUCGGUGCGCUACGAGCCAUCCCCCCAACCCAGCUGCAGGAGGAGGUCUUCAUGUCCCAGGUGCACAGCAUGGCCCUGUCUGAGCAGGACCUGCAGCGGGAGAUCAGGGUCCAGCUGGCCCGGCUGCCUGAGUCGACGUCCGGGCCACCCCCCAGGCCUCAGGCCCGCCUGCCUGGGGCCCAAGCCAUCUUUGAGGCCCAGCAGCUGGCAGGGGCACAGGGGGGUGCUAAGCCCGAGGUGCCUCGGAUAGUGGUGCAGCCCCCAGAGGAGCCCAGGCCACCACGGCGCAAGCCCCAGACCCGAGGCAAGACUUUCCACGGACUCCUGACUCGGUCCAGGGGUCCUCCUAUUGAGGGCCCCCCCAGGUCUCAUCGAGGCUCCACAUCCUUCCUGGAUACCCGAUUCUGAAGGUUCCACUUCUGAGGAUAUUGUGGACUCGGUAUCCGCUAACCCCAGUUGCCUGAUUGGCUGAUGCCAGCCUCAAAGAUGGCACUGCACUUUACCGCUGGGACUUGGCGACUCGGCUCCCUUCCCACGGACUGUCAGACACAAGGAUGAAGGAAGGUCACAGAGUGUGGUUUCAGGGCCCCAGGCCUGCCCUUCUCCUGCGGAGCUGCCCUGGUACCCGGGCCCUUGCAAGCAUGGGAGCUGGCAUGGAAGGAGUGUGGGGCUAGGGGCACCUGGCAGAGCUAGGGGCACCUGGCAGGGCUAGGGGACCCCAAAGGGCUCCUGGGGAGGCCUAGAAUAAAGUCUGA